CAGUUUUUAACUGGGUUUAACACCCACAUCCUGAAGUGUGCACAGGAUCUGCGCCCGUCUCGUGGAGAGGUGAGACUCCGUCAGAUAUGGACAACAUGUAGAAGUUCACACUCAACCCCGGGAAUAUAAAACCUUUAGAAAGAUUACAAAAAAAGUGCUGGACCUUUGGGAACAUGGGGAAUAACUCUGGGAAGGAGCGGCAUGGAUCUUCAGUUAUCACUGUUGAUCUGUCUGAAACGUCUCCCACCUCACCACAUUCCCUCACUCCUACCACAUGGUCACCAACUACUCAGCUAGCGCCCAUUAUCAACAGCCCUUCCAGGACUAGAACAAACACCACCAACUCUGAGUCAGCUCAAGACGUUUUCAGUCCACCACUGAUCUCAACCAAUCACAUUGAGCUGCUAGAGGACUGCAAAACAGGGCUCACUAAUCAUAUCCCAGAGGAGGUACUUACGUUGACACAGGUAUCUGGGCACAUAGCUCAGCUCUCGGAUAUAUGUGUGAAGGGAAACACAAUAGUGGGCGCCACUGAAGUGGAUGCAAAAUUGCUACAGAAGUGUUUCAGCACACUGGGACUCUACAAUGAAGAGUCGAAAUACACACUGACUGAUCUGUUACAGUGUUUUCUGGUGGAGAGGGAGAAGAUGAAGGAGGAAUUGAGAAGCUGUAAAGAAAAGAUUCAGGCCGAACGUGAGGAGUGGAAACAAUUUCAGGAUGACCUGAAGGUGGCGCUAGUGGUUUCAGACAGACUGAGAGAAGAGGCAGAGGAAGAGUUGAGUGUUCUAAACUCGGCUGGACAGGACUGGGAAAGGCAGCUAACUGAUGCCCUGGAGGGUAAACAAAACCUUGAAAGUCAACUGAAGAGUCUUAACAUUGAACUUGAGCAGAGCAGACAAAAAACAAAACUGGUCACAAGCAACCACCAGGGGGCACCACCUCUAAGGGCCCUAGAGACGAGGGCCGAUAAGGGAAACGUGGACAGAUAUGGCAAGGGAAUUGUAUCAGCCGAGAAAAGAAAAGAGGAGCAACUGUGGACAGACGAGAUGAAACGAAAAAGAGAAAAGAAUGUCUCUGGUAGUACAGAAAGGUCAAGACUGCCCUCAGAUUAUCCUGCUGUUGUUGUGAAUGGUACCUCUCAUCGCUCUGUUACUGGAACAACAGAUUCAGAUAGUAAAGAAGAGAAUUUGAUCCUGCAAACAGCUACAACUUCAGGUCUAGAUGAGCCAAACAGGGUCAACAGAAGAACACAAGAAGAUUUCUCUCCAGCACUCAGGUUUUUGAGGCUUCAUGGUGGUUCUAAGCGUAACUCACUGCUUCGCUGGUGCCAGGGUAGAACUCAAGGAUACAAGAAUAUUGAGAUCACUAAUUUUAGCAGCAGCUGGGUGGAUGGUUUGGCCUUCUGUGCAAUUUACCACAGUUACCUUCCCUCUCACAUACCAUACAACACGCUCAGGCCAGAGAACAAGAAAGAAAACCUUGAUUUAGCGUUUCGAACGGGAGAAGGUUUUGGAAUCUCUGCAUCACUGACAGUAGACGAGAUGCUGAAAGAUGAUGCACCUGACUGGCACAGAGUUUUGGAAUAUGUGGAGAGUAUCUAUCGACAUUUUGAGAUGUGACACUAUGAAUACACAUCUUUAUCAUAAAUGUAACGAUCACAGACACUCAAAAUUCCACCACAGGAACCAUACAAACAUGGAUUUGAGUGGGGAACAUCACCCGCCUAUAUUUGAAUUCAACAACAUCUUAGUGUGGGGGAAGAGAAUUCCCUAUGUUCAUCUUUGUGAAAUGGUCUGGGAUCAGAUUGUUUUAAUAGCAAAUAGGUUUGGGCUGCUGAGGGCAGAGUAUCCAGUAUCCUUGCCCACAUUUGUGACAGUUUUUGUUUAUUAUGUCUACUCUCUGCCCUCUGUUUGUUUGUAUGUUGAAUUGCAGGGUUUUUUGUCACCCAAGGACUCAGCACGCCCCUGCUGGUAUAUUCCACAACUACGCCUAUUUUCAGGCAAAAAGCAUCUUUCUUCAUCAACACUCAUUACAAAAUAGACAUGUUUUUUGAUGCUGUAAUUUUCUUGCAGGCAACAUGUAAAUUGCAAAUAUGUCGUUUACAAUAUUUAAUAUAUUAUAAUAUGAUAAUAGAGGUUUGCCAGUGAUUGUUUUGCAAGCGUCUUAAAGGUGUCAAAUUGACCAUUUAGGGUUUGUGGACCCUAUAAAUAUAAGCAAAAUACAUUUGCUUAUAUUGCCAUCAAUCAGUCAGCAUUGUCAGAAUAAUUUUCCUUCAGCUUCAAACAGAUGUCACGUAACAUUUACGAAUUGGCUUAUAGUGACCGAUACUGAGGACCAUUAGCAAAGAUGACAGCAAGCAAGAUGCAUAUUACUGGGAGAUGAAUUGAAAUACUGGAAAUGUUUUCAGAUAGCUUUCUCCAGGUCUAACUGACCUUUUUUGGGACCCCUGAUGCUCAGAUAGUUGGAAGCUAUGAUCAGAUCUGGUCUACAGUAUAAAUCUCCAUCAGAAAUAUCUACUCCUGGAUUUGUAUCAUGCUUCAUUCUCUGUGAUCACUGUGAAUAUAAACAAUCAUUUUUGAAUAAGAAUCACAAGCUGAUUAUUCAGCAGCUGUAAUAUCAUUCUGUUUUAUUUUCAUUCAGCCCACAAGCCAUCACUGGAUACUUAAACACCAAUGAGUUUCACUUUUAUUAUUCAGAGGAAAAAGGGUCCCAAGGACAAACCAGUAUUGAUAGAUAAAUAUUCUCGUUUAUACUCAUUUGUCUUUAUGUUGUACUUAUGACUUAUUCAGACAUGUGUAUGCAAUAUUUAUUGAUCUGCUACUAGAAUAAUUUCAAUGAACCACAGACUCUUUACUUUGUUCAAAACUUUGGUUGGUAGCCAUAUUUCUUUGAUGUACACAGAAUUUAUAAUACAUUUUAUGCCAUGAAUUGCCAUAAAACUCAGUGGCUAUACGACUGUAAAUAAAAAAAUAUUAUGUGACAG